UUUUCCAUCGGUGUUCAGAUCAACGUCUCUUCCGAAUGUCCAUCUGGAAGCCAAGUUCCAUCAGGUAACCACUGUCAUUUUUUUUGCACGGUGGGAUACUACCUUCAAGGAAAUGAUGAUUUGAUGUGUCAAGAGGAUCGAACUUGGAGCGGUACCUUCCCUACUUGUAGCUUAAUCACGUGUGCAGUCGCUGAUGUCCCCGUUCCGAUGAACGCUAUUAUACAAGAAGCCUGCAAAGUCGAACAUGUAAAUUACGGAACAGUUUGCACCAUUUCUUGUCAAGAAGGUUAUGAAGCUACAGGACCAAGUAUGUCCACGGAUAUGACGUGCUCUAAUGAUGGGGAUGACGUUGGAUCUUGGUCUGGUGAUUCUAUUCAAUGCAGUGAGGUAACCUGCCUGGCCCCAAUUAUUGCAGAGGAAAGUGGAUUCACCCCGUUCACUGUGGAAUGCUCCUACAAUGAUGAACAAACUACAAUAUCCGAUAGGCAGAGAAUUUCUACUUCAUGCUUCUUCGAAUGUGUAGAUGGGUACUCCUUAGAGGAAGGCUCAUCUGUGAGAGUCUGCUUGGCAACAGGAGAAUGGGAUGGGACUCCGGUAACAUGCAAAGAUAUAACACCUCCUGAACUGACUUGCCCUGUUGAUGUGGCGUUGAAAGCUGACAAAGGGACGACUUCUGUUGACAUACCAUGGAGUCUAUGGGAACCGAUUCUGGCUAUCGAUCUCGGUACAACAAUUGAAGCGACUCUUCUCAGUAUUAACCACAUUGAUGUAGAGGAGAAUCGCACAUCAUCGUUCUCAGAAGGUAUCCAUACACUCGUUUAUCAGGCAAGAGACUCGUCUGAUAAUGAAGCCGACUGCUCCUUUUCUGUCACAGUUACAAUUUGCAGAUGUGCACCACUGCAAAUACCCGAAGACAGCAUCGUGACGUUACAAUCGGGAGUUGGAUCUUGCAGUACCGGAGUUGUGUAUGGAUCCGUUUGUACCAUUAGCUGCGAGAUUGGCUACGAACUGUCAACAGGGGACAUUUCUUUGAGUAGAACUUGCGAUAUUACGGAGUCUGAUCAGAGUUGUGAUGCUUCAUGGAGUGGUGUUGAUCCUGUCUGUGAAAUUGUAAGAUGUGACACUCCUAGCAUUACAAAUGGCUUUUUGGAUUGUUCGCCAGCCACUCAACCUAGUGUGGCCUACCGCACAUCCUGCGAGUUCUCCUGCAAUACUGGUUAUAGGACACCAACCGGGGAAGAGAAUCGUAUGCGUACAUGUCAGGCAGACACUACCUGGAGUGGGGAAGAUUUCAAAUGCACUGAAAUGGUUACUUGUCCAGCUCGACUUGGCAUUCCUUACGGCAGUGUGGCACCAUCUCCUUGCGAGUCUUCCGACUCGGUUCCAUUUCAUUCCACCUGUACCUUUACAUGUGAAGCUGGUUUCCGUCUCGACGGUCCUAUCAGUGUGGAGUGUAGUCCGAACGGACAGUGGGCACCAAGUGGAGAUUCAGUCUGCGUUGAUAUACAGCCUCCCAUAUUCAACCUAGAAUGCCCCCACAAAAUUGGAGUUGAAGCUCCACCUAACCGGAUCACCGCUGUAGUGCACUUCGAAGAACCCAUUCCAGAGGAUAACUCUGGAAUAGUUACUCUAACAAGGUUGGACCCUAGUCUUACUUCCGGGAGUACAUUUCCAGAAGGCACAACUACAAUACAAUACGAAGCCACUGACGGGUUUGCACUCACCUCCUUCUGUAGCAUUAUCAUUGAUGUGACUGUGCACCGUUGCUCCACCUUACACCCGACCCUUCACGGUUCCAUGAUUGGUUGCGAUGAUCCCUACAUUGGCAGUGAAUGUUCGUUUUCAUGUGACGGGGGCUACGAUCUGGAAGGAGCGUCAUCAUUACAGUGUGAGCUGUCAUCAGAUGGUAUCCCUGCGUGGAACAAAGACAUGCCAACCUGCCAACUACAGACUUGCCGUCCCCUUCAAGUCCCGGAGUUUGCUUCUGCGCCUGGCUGUGACGACUCAUUUGUGACUUUUGGAACAACCUGCACAUUCUCCUGUGAACCAGGGUACACUGGGAAAGGGGCCAGCACAUUGAUCUGUUUGGAAGGAGGAGUGUGGCCUAGUACAGACUUUGAAUGUGAAAGAAUAUCCUGUGAGGUGCUGUCGGAGCCCACUUCAAUUGUCAUUUCACCGGAGACGUGUUUGUCUGAUCCACGUUUUGGUGAUAUCUGUACCCUGGAAUGUGAGCAGUCCGGAUUCAAAAUAGCCCCUCCAAAUUUGAAAGAACUUACUUGCAACAGUGAUCAGACGUGGUCUGGAAACACGGAGGAGGUUCAGUGUGUGGAUCUGCAGGCACCAGAAUUCCAGGACUGUCCACAAGAUAUGGUAGUCUUUGUAAGCAGAGGAGAAGACUCAGCUUUUGUUGAAUGGUCUGUAGUUGUAAGUGACAAUGACCCACAGUCACUAGAACUAGAAGCGAUGUGUAACCCACAGCCGGGGGCUCAUGACAAGAGGAGAAUAUAACAUAUCUUGCAGUGCUGUGGAUGAAGCAGGCAACGAGGGUGUUUGUCAGUUUACUCUGGAAGUUAAAGCGAGGGAGUGCGAAACCCUAAGCCCUCCUGAACACGGUUAUCUACUAGAUGAAUGUAAAAUGAUCCAUGGAUCUGC